UCCCUGCAUUCUCAAGGCUGGGAAAUGAUUGUUUAAGGACUUUUUCUUUUUUUUGCAUAAGAAACACACACAACAAAAACAAAACAACAACCGCCCCUCCAAAAAAAACCCCCAAUUGAUUGAUCUUCUCGCUUUCUUCUUCUGCUGCUGGUGCUACUGGUUUACCUCCAGCUCUUCCCUCUCCCGCACCUAAAACACAUACACACCCCAGAAGUGCUGAUUGCAAAAUUGCAAAAGGGGGAGGGAAAAAAAACUUUGCAGAGACCCGGAUGGCCUUCUGGAGGGGGGGUUGGUUGGGUUGUUUUUAAAGGAUCGCGGGGGGGAAUUUGGUGGGGUUUCCCCCCUCCCCCCUCUUUCGUUUGCUCUACAUCCCCAACCUUGUUUGGGGCCAGCCCCCCGGCAGGAAGAACCCCAACAGCACCUUUGCAGCAGGACCCAAAGGAGGAACUGUUGACAAUUAAGAGAUGAAACUCUUCAAAAGAUGGAGGCAGAGAAAGACUCUGGAAGAAGAUUGCGAUCGAUCGGCAGAAGACUCUACGACGAAAACGAGGACCUUUCCGACGUGGAGGACAUCGUCAGCAUCCGCGGCUUCAGCUUGGAAGAGAAACUGAAGACCAAAAUGUACCGCGGGGAUUUCGUGCGGCCCAUGGAGGGGAAAGAUUUCACUUUUGAGUAUGUGCAGCGAGAAGCACUUCGAGUCCCCCUCAUCUUCAGAAGUAAGGAUGGACUGGGAAUUAAAAUGCCGGACCCUGAUUUCACUGUUCGAGAUGUGAAGCUGCUAGUUGGGAGCCGCCGGAUUGUGGAUGUUAUGGAUGUCAACACGCAAAAGGGCACAGAGAUGAGCAUGUCUCAGUUUGUGCGAUACUAUGAAACCCCAGAGGCCGAACGCAAGAAGCUCUACAAUGUGAUUAGCCUCGAGUUUAGCCACACGAAGCUGGCAAACAUCGUCAAGCGCCCCAACGUGGUAGACUUAGUCGAUUGGGUGGACAACAUGUGGCCUCGGCAUCUGAAGGAGAGACAGACGGAUGCCACCAACACCAUCUCAGAGAUGAAGUAUCCAAAAGUGAAAAAGUACUGUCUGAUGAGUGUGAAAGGAUGCUUCACAGAUUUUCACAUUGAUUUCGGGGGCACUUCAGUUUGGUAUCAUGUAUUCCGUGGAGGGAAGAUCUUCUGGUUGAUUCCUCCAACUUCGCAGAACCUAGAACUCUAUGAGGAAUGGGUUCUGUCAGGGAAGCAAAGUGAUAUCUUUCUGGGGGACAGAGUAGAGCUAUGCCAAAGAAUUGAACUGAAACAAGGGCACACCUUCUUCAUUCCUUCAGGGUGGAUACAUGCUGUCUAUACUCCAGUAGAUUCCCUGGUGUUUGGGGGAAACAUUCUUCAUAGUUUUAACGUCCCCAUGCAGCUUCACAUCUACGAGAUCGAGGAUAGAACGAGGGUGCAAGCCAAGUUCCGUUACCCUUUCUACUAUGAGAUGUGCUGGUAUGUUCUGGAGAGAUACGUGUUUUGCGUGACCCAACGCUCCCACCUCAGCAAAGAGUACCUGAAAGAAUCAAUGUUAAUUGAUACAACAAGGAAACGCAGCCUAGAUAGCUUUUCGUCAGAUUCCUGGAUAGACAUGGAUGAAGAACUGUGUGAUGUUCACACCCAGGAGGAAAAGGAUGACAAUCUGGGAAAAAUCCCCAAGACCUUGGCUGAUGGAUCCUCUUCUCCAAACAGCACACAUUCAGAAGGGAAGGAGGCUUCAGGAAGGAAACAGAAAUUCUCAGCCACUCGGUACCUCAAAAGGACUUUGUCCAACGAGUCAGACGAAAGUGUAAAGUCGACGCCGGCGGAAUAUCCUAAAACACCCACGGGGUCCCCAGCUACAGAGGUUUCAGCCAAAUGGACUCACCUGACAGAGUUUGAACUAAAGGGUUUGAAAGCCCUUGUUGAAAAACUUGAAUCCCUUCCGGAGAAUAAGAAGUGCAUUCCUGAAGGCAUAGAGGAUCCUCAGGCUCUGUUGGAGGAUAUGAAGAACAUCUUGAAGGAACAUGCGGAUGAUGACCAGAAUCUUGCCAUUUCUGGGAUCCCUGUCAUAUCCUGGCCUAAGAAAAAUGCAAAGAAUCGGGCAGUUGGGAGGCCCAAAGGGAAAUUGGGCCCCGCCUCUGCUGUGAAACUUGCAGCAAAUCGGACAACAGCAGGAGCGCGGCGACGGAGGACGCGAUGUCGCAAGUGCGAGGCUUGCCUGCGCACAGAGUGUGGCGAGUGUCACUUCUGCAAGGACAUGAAGAAGUUUGGUGGGCCCGGCAGGAUGAAGCAGUCAUGCAUUAUGAGGCAGUGCAUUGCGCCAGUGCUGCCCCACACAGCUGUGUGCCUGGUGUGUGGGGAAGCGGGGAAGGAAGACACGGUGGAAGAGGAGGAGGGCAAGUUCAAUCUCAUGCUGAUGGAAUGUUCCAUCUGCAAUGAAAUCAUACACCCAGGAUGCCUUAAGGUGCGGGAAUCGGACGGCGUCGUCAAUGAAGAGCUACCAAACUGCUGGGAAUGCCCAAAGUGUAGCCAUGCCGGCAAAACAGGGAAAGCGUACAAGCAAAAGCGCGGACCAGGGUUCAAAUACGCAUCAAACCUCCCCGGCUCUCUGCUGAAAGAACAGAAGAUCAACCGAGAGAACAAAGAGGUUGUCCCGGAUGCCGCCAAGCGGAAAGUGGAGUACGAGGAGUCCCCCCGGAAGAAGUCCGAUGAGCAUCCCAAGAAGUCCCCCAUCGACCCUCUUCUGAGGAGGAAGUCUGAAGAAGUACACCUGCGUCGGAAAAGGAAACUUGAGAAGCCUCAGGAGCCUGUAAUGAGGAAGCGGCUAAAACUUGGCAAAGAAGAGAAGCUGUUCAGGAAAAAGAGGCGAUCGUGGAAGGCCACAGAUGACCGAGCUGCCAUGGUCAAGCCUCUGAGGCGUUUCAAGCAGGAGCCUGAGGAGGACCUCCCGGAGGAACCUCCCAGAGGCAAGGAGAGUGACCAGUCUCGCUCCAGUUCCCCCACGGCGGGGCCCAGCUCAGAGGGAGCCGAGUCCCAAGACAAGAAGAAGCUCAAGAUCCGGCGGAAAGCCCGUCUUCCCAACAAGGAGCUCAGCAAGGAGCUCAGCAAGGAGCUCAACCAGGAGAUCCAAAAGACAGAGAACAGCCUUGCCAUUGAGAACCACCAAUCCAUCAAGUCUGAGCCAGAGAGCGAAAACGAGGAGCCCAAGCGGGCAUUGGGCCCUGAACGGCCUCACCGCUUCAGCAAGGGCUGGAAUGGGACUCCCCGAGAGCUCCGACACCAGCUUUUGUCGAGCCUGCGCAGCAGCAGCACCCAGGCGGUUGCGCGGCCUCCUCCUUCCCUCUCGCCCCCCAAGUGCAUCCAGAUGGAACGCCAUGUCAUCCGGCCACCCCCCAUCAGCCCCCCUCCCGACUCGCUCCCGCUGGAUGACGGGGCGGCUCACGUGAUGCAAAGGGAAGUCUGGAUGGCUGUCUUCAGCUACCUCAGCCACAGCGAACUAUGUCUUUGCAUGAGGGUUUGCAAGACCUGGAACAGAUGGUGCUGCGAUAAAAGACUGUGGAGCAAAAUAGAUCUAAGCCAUUGUAAAUCCAUCACUCCUCUCAUGCUCAGCGGUAUUAUUAGGAGGCAGCCAGUCACACUUGAUCUCAGCGGGACAAACAUAUCAAAGAAGCAGCUGAGCUGGCUCAUCAAUAGGCUCCCAGGUCUCCGAGAUCUGCUCUUGUCAGGGUGCUCAUGGAUUGCAGUGUCCUCUCUCUGCAGUUCCAGUUGUCCGCUCCUCCGAACACUGGAUGCACAGUGGGUGGAAGGCUUAAAAGAUGCACAAAUGAGAGAUCUUUUGUCACCACCAACUGACAACAGGCCAGGCCAAAUUGACAACCGGAGCAAGCUGCGCAAUAUCACAGAGCUGUGCCUGUCUGGCUUAGAUAUCACAGAUGCAUCCCUGCGCUUGAUUAUCCGGCACAUGCCUCUUCUGUCCAAGCUCAACCUCAGCUACUGCAACCACAUGACGGAUCAGUCCAUCAACCUGCUGACAGCUGUAGGAACCACCACGCGGGACUCCCUAACAGAAGUUAUUUUGCAAGACUGCAAUAAGGUGACGGACCAAUGCCUCUCCUAUUUCAAGCGGUGUGGGAGCAUCUGUCAGAUUGAUCUGAGGUACUGCAAGCAAGUGACCAAGGAAGGUUGUGAGCAGUUCAUAGCAGAGAUGUCUGUGAGCAUUCAGUUUAGUCAAGUGGAAGAGAAACUGCUGCAGAAGUCAAGUCAGUAUUUACAAGGGCAAGUUUGUAAAUAACCAGAAGUUGAAAAAAGGACCCCAGGAGACCACAAAAGGAAUGUUACUUUGUUUGGAGAUGCUGAAUAUGCCAGGUGGCAACUGUUUGGAUUGCACAGGAAUGUGUGGUGUUCAAACAACCUGCAAAGCAUUCUAGUCUGGAUGGGGUCAUCUGAUACUCUGCCCAGGUUCUUUACAUGCCUUCUGCUGGUGAUAGCAAAGGAUCAUUCAUGCCUAGAGGAAGACUGAGGCACACCUAUUUAAAUACCACAGCUGGGGCGGGUGUAAAUUUUUAAAGCAUUUUUGCAGAUAUCAAAAGCAUUGUUAAUUCUGGGGUUAUUAAGGUGGUCCAUACCCUGCAUUUCUGCCUUUUGAACUUUUUUGUUACAUCCAAUGUUACGCAGAACUAUUUUUGUACAAAUUUGUUUAAAAAAGUUAUUUAUGCAAAGUUCUUGAAUGAAUUGCAAGUGUUUGUCUUUGGUUUCAGAUUGCCAAGUUUUAUCUUGAGGUAGGAGAGAACUUGAACUUCUUGCCACUUAAAGAAAUGACCUGUUGACAGAUAUACCCCAGUUGGGAAGGGGGGAGUAGGUUAAUACUUUAACAUGAAAAAGCAUGUUUUAAUGGAAGUUUUAUAUACAGCUUUGCAUACUCAAAACACUGUAAGCAUGUUGUGGAGGAAAGGAGGUGUAAAGUGCAGAUUAAGAACGAGCAAGUUGCCAAGUUUCCCCUGUAUAAAAUUCAUUUUCUCAAUUUUGAAACUUCCAAUUACAGCUGUGCAUAUGGGAAGGCAUUAAAAUAUAUAUGGACUCUCAUACAUGCUGUAAAAAUCCAUUUAUACUACUAGUCAAACAGUUCUGGGGUUUGAGUGAGUUCUUGUUUUCCAUAUGGUUAAUUUCUGACUGUAAAGAAGGGGGGGGGAGAUUUUGGUAUACAUAAGUGCCAUUGUUGUAAAGUGGUGUUCUCCAGCCCCCAACCUCCUUCCUGAUACAGUUUUACCUCUGUUGAAUUUGUAUAAAUGAUUGUACAAAAAUGGAGAGGCUAGCUGUGCAUUCUGUUCAAGUUUGUAUUCUAGUUGUGGGGCAGGGAGCUGUGUUUGCAACUUGGAGGGCUACUGUGAGAGGUUGGCCUGGGGCAGAAAAAAAGAGCAUCUCUCCUCGUAACCCUCAGAGGAGCCUAGCAGGCGGCUAUUUUGCUAUACAGAUGCCACGUCGGCCAAAACUGGCAACUGGAGGCAGACUUGGCCCAGCAGGCUCUAGUUGCUUAUAUCUAGCGUAAACUUAACCUCCUGGAACUUUAGCAGCAUGCCAAGAGGCACACUAUUGUGCUCUGUGGGGGUAUUUUAAAAGAAACAAUGCACUGAACGUAGCCCUAGCUUUAAGUCACUCUUUACAUUUCUGACUGCAGCAAAGUUGAUCUAAUUCUAUGGUUUAACUGUGAGUCACUCCUGUCUUGUACUAUUACUGCUUAGACUUCCUGCACUGGCUAUAUAAAUGUUUCUCUCUGGCAAACCCAUAACUGAACCUUAUACACACUUCACUAAGUUGCUGGUCAGAGCUAUGGGCUCAAGAGCCCUGUGCAGAAAUAAAGAGUUACCGUUUGGGCCUUGCUGCCUCUGCCCCAUCCCCAUGGGCUGUUUCAGCCAAAAGAGAGAGAAGAGAGUCAAAGCCCGAUAACAAAAGAUUUUAUUAAGUCAACAGCCGUUGUUCAGAAUGUUAUGGAUAUGCUACAUUCUUUCUUUGUAUCCCCUGAAAAGGAUUUGAUCAGCUGAUUUUCUGCACCUUAUCUUUAAAAAGAUCUUUCUAAAAAUAAAGCCAUAUUAUCUUGCUCUCUUCUGGAAAAUAAGUCAGUUUUAAGAUAUGAAAGUCAUAUACAUUCUUGUCUCAGCUGGAGGCUGAAUGGUGUCAUAGCUCCAAAGCUUAC